GGGACCACUUCUGAUGGCUGUGGCCUCUGCUGCCCCAGGGAGCCUCUUCUGCAAGCAGCUCCUUUUCUCUCUCCUGGUGUUAAUAUUGUUUUGCGAUGCUUGUCAGAAAAUUUCUCUUCGAGUUCCUUCUCAUCUUCAGGCUGACAGACUGAUAGGCAAAGUGAAUCUGGAGGAGUGUCUCCAGUCAGCCAGCCUAAUCCUGUCCAAUGACCCUGACUUCAGAGUUCUUGAAGAUGGCUCCAUUUACGCAACACGUGACCUCAUUUUGUCUCCCCAAAGGAAGAGUUUUUCCAUUUUUCUUUCAGACAGUCAGAAGCAGGAACAGAAAGAGAUAGAAAUUGAACUGGAAGCAAGAGGAAAGAAGGUUUCUAAAAGGAGACAUAGCAAAGACACGGUCCUCCAGCGCAGCAAGAGACGGUGGGCUCCUAUUCCAUGUUCACUGAUGGAGAACUCACUAGGUCCAUUUCCACAACAUGUCCAGCAGGUCCAAUCUGAUACUGCACAGAACUACACCAUCUUUUACUCCAUAAGUGGACCAGGAGUGGACAAAGAUCCCUUGAAUUUGUUCUUCAUUGACAAAGAUACUGGGGAUAUUUUUUGUACACGAAGCAUAGAUCGUGAGCAAUAUCAAGAGUUCCCGAUAUAUGCCUAUGCCACAACUGCUGAUGGUUAUGCGCCGGAGUACCCACUCCCCCUAUUAUUCAAAGUUGAAGACGAUAAUGAUAAUGCCCCCUAUUUUGAAACCAAAGUGACUGUCUUUAACGUGCCUGAAAAUUGCCGAAUUGGAACUUCAGUGGCAAAAGUGACCGCCAUAGAUCUUGAUGAACCGGACACUCUCCAUACUCGUCUGAAAUUUAAAAUCUUACAGCAAAUCCCAGAUCACCCAAAGCAUUUCACUGUACACCCAGACACGGGCGUCAUCUCCACAACGUCACUUUUAUUGGAUAGAGAAAAAUGUGAUACAUACCAGUUAAUAAUGGAAGUACGAGACAUGGGGGGCCAACAUUUUGGCUUGUUUAAUACAGGAACCAUUACUAUUUCACUUGAAGAUGAAAAUGACAAUGCACCAUAUUUCACAGAAACUGCUUAUUUUGCAGAAGUAGAAGAAAACAGAAUUGAUGUUGAGAUUUUACGAAUGGCUGUACAUGACCUGGAUUUGCCAAAUACUCCUUCCUCAAAGGCUGUAUAUAAAAUCCUGGAAGGAAAUGAAAAUGGAAACUUUAAAAUUAGCACAGAUCCCAAAACAAAUGAAGCAGUCUUGUGUGUUGUCAAGGCAUUGAACUAUGAAGUCAACCACCAAAUUAUUUUGAAAAUUGGCGUAGUUAAUGAAGCGCAAUUCUCUAGCGCACCAAACUCUAAAACUCCUACUAUGUGCACUGCAACUGUCACUGUUAAAGUUAAAGACAGUGAUGAGGGCCCUGAAUGCCAACCACCAGUAAAAGUUAUUCAGAGUAGAGAUGGCCUCCCAGCUGGCCAAGAGCUCCUUGGAUACAAAGCAUUGGAUCCAGAAACGCGCAGUGGGGAAGGCUUAAGGUAUAAGAAGAUAGGAGAUGAAGAUAACUGGUUUGACAUUAAUGAACAGACUGGUGACUUGAGGACUGUAAAAGUAUUAGAUAGAGAAUCAAAAUUUGUAAAGAACAACCAAUACAAUGUUUCAGUGGUUGCAACUGAUAGAGAUGGCAGAUCUUGCACUGGCACAUUAGUCGUUCUGUUGGAAGAUCAUAAUGAUCACCCGCCACAAAUUGACAGAGAUGUGACAAUUUGCCAGCAUAAUCAGGAUUUUGCUCUUCUGGCACCUAUGGAUCCAGAUGGACCUGAGAAUGGUCCACCUUUUGAAUUCCGUCUGGAUAAUUCUGUCAACAGACUUUGGACCUUAGAAAAAAAGGAUGAUAAGACUGCAUUUCUUCGUGCAAAGCAACAACUCGAUUAUAACAUUUAUAGCGUGCCUAUUGAAAUAAAAGAUAAACAUGGUCUUGCUGCAAGACACGUACUGUCAGUCAGAGUAUGUGACUGUACAACCCCAUCUGAGUGUAGAAUGCCUAUGGAAAUAAAAGAGCGUGAUGUCAAGGUAGCCAAAGUCGUACUUGGAAAAUGGGCAAUUCUUUCCAUGGUGUUGGGUUCUGCAUUGUUGUUAUGUUCCCUUUUUACAUGUUUCUGUGUUACUGCUAAGAAAACAGUAAAGAAAUGUUUUCCAGAGGAUGUAGCCCAACAAAAUUUAAUUAUAUCAAAUACUGAAGGACCUGGAGAAGAAGUAAUGGAAGCAAAUAUUAGACUCCCCACACAGACAUCCAACGUCUGUGACACAAGCAUAUCUGUUGGCACUCUUGGCCAGGGAGUCAAAACACAGCAAAACUUUGAGAUGGUCAAAGGCGGCUACACUUUGGAUUCUGGCAGAGGAGUUGGACAGCAGACCUUGGAAUCUGUCAAGGGAGCGGGACAAGGACUAACAGAUACCAGCCGAUACGCAUACACCGACUGGCACAGCUUUACCCAGCCUCGGCUUGGCGAAAAAGUGUACCUGUGUGGACAAGAUGAGGAGCAUAAACAUUCCGAAGACUGUGUUCAUUCCUACAACUAUGAAGGAAAGGGGUCCAUGGCUGGCUCCGUAGGCUGCUGCAGUGACCGGCCGGAAGAAGAAGGGCUUGAGUUUCUGGAUCACCUGGAACCCAAAUUUAGGACGCUAGCAAAGACAUGUGUAAAGAAAUAAAUGCGCCUUUUUAAGAGAGUGACACCUACCAAGGUGUAUGCAGGAGUUUAGUGAAUCUAAAAUGAUAGCAGCACCUGCUAAUGUGUGUGUUUAUUGGAGGUGAAAGUUAAGGCAUGUAGAUAAGGACACUAUAAAUAGAAAGCUCCCUAAAUUCUCCUUGUCUGACAUAACUUCCCUGUUCUCUAGAAAUAACAGUUUCACUGUCUCGUUUCUUGUAUAUGCCUGUACAUAUUGCCCUUUUCAAGACUGUGCUUUGUGCUUCCUUGUGCCUUCUGUUACUUUGCAUGCUAUGGAAGAAUAUGUGGGAGAGCUGGGUGUUGUGGAGGCUAAUAAAAGUGAAUUUUUACUUUGGAUGACAAUUAAAUGCUUUGUUUUAGAUCUUGGGGAAAAUAAUCUAUUAAGAAAUAUUGUCUUUGGUGCCAGAGAAUUG